AUGAGAAGUUCGGCAUUAGUAAUAUGCAUGCUAGUGUUGGGAAGUGGUAAUAUUGUAUUUCAUUCUAGCCCUAUCUGCUGAAUUGGAUUUGGGUACAUCCUUAUUAUCAAUGGAUUUAUCUGAUAUAGCCCUUCUGGAUACUACAACAAUGAGUUGUUCAACACCCUAGAAUGAAUUUGAAAGAGUUUCUGCCUAAAUGGCAGCUUGGGCUGACAUAGUUCAACAUAAGGAUUCCUUACAUAGAGAUAUUGAUAGAUUAGAAGCCAUCAAAGAGCUCAUUCAAAAGAGAAAGUUUAAAUCAUUAGAGAAAUAGUUGGAUAAAUUGGAAUUGCCAAAGACUGAAAGUAAAAUUGGAGAGCCAAUUUUGGCAGAGUUCAGACAAAGGCUUAAAGGAUUAAGUAAUCCAGAAACUGCUGAUGAAUGUGAAGCAACUUUACUAAAAUUAUGCAUCUAUCUUCUCAAGCAAUUUAACAGUUGCAGAUAACAAUGUUAAUCUAAUCCAGUGACUGUCAUCAAAAUCAAAGGAAAAAUUAAGGAUUUACAAGUUGUUUAAUAAGGUUGUGGAUAACCUGCACCUUGUGAAGAUGAACCAGGAAUACCUGAAGAACCAGUCCCUGAAAUCCCAGAUGAAAAAGGACCUGAAGAAUAAGAUGUUCCACCUGAAGAAUAAUAAACACCACCAACACCACCUGAAGAAGGAGAACCUGAAAUUCCAGAUGAAAAAGGUCCAGAAGAAUAAGAUGUUCCUCCUGAAGAAUAAUAAACUCCACCUACUCCACCUGAAGAAGAAGAACCUGAAAUUCCAGAUGAAAAAGGUCCAGAAGAAUAAGAUAUUCCNUGAAUUAUUGUUAUUAGAAGUAUAUAUAUUUAUAUGUUUUAGGAGAAGAAAGGAUUUGAUACUUAAUUAAAGACAAUCUAGAAAGAAGUAUAGGAUGCAUUUGAGAAGCUGUUUACAAGAAGAGCUCUAUAACAUUAAGAAAAUUAUGCUAAAUACCUUGAUAACAAACAAA